UGAAUGAAGGAGGUUCUAGCGAAGAUCUCAAUCAGCUACCACCUUCCUUCAUGUACACCCAAAUAUUUAAGGAAAUUCUCCUUGAUAUGGAUCAUGGUCAACAAGCCAUUAAAGAUUUGGUCACCUUCUGCCAAGAAAAAUAUAAAGGUAAUAAAACAGAACUCAAUGUUAUCGAUGAAUUUCAGCGUACUUAUCGUCCAUCAAAGGCUAUUUGGUGGUAUACCCGCCAAUGCUUUACAUACAAAAUGCUUAAUCGAGCAUUACGAACGCUCGAUGGUGAUAUUAUUAUCCGAAUGGGAUUUUAUUUAUGUGAUGUCCAUCGACAAAUUGAAGAUUUACAUAGCAGGCGAAUCGAUCAAUAUCAUGUGCUUCGCCGUGAGAUUUAA